AUGUGAGGUAGUGUUUGGUGGGAGAGGAUUGUAGUCUGUACAUAUUGUCUGCCUGGGAGAGCGGCGGCAUCGACACUGGCGCUUCGCUGGACGGAGCGCAUGACGACCUUGACGAUUCUACGUUACAGCAAACUCCACUUGUUCAGGCCAAGUAUAUCUGCUUCCUACUCUAUUCGAAAAGCACGUAAUUUCCAUAACGACAAGGCUACGUCUUCGGAUCCAUUCGCGCCGUCAUCGAGUGUGCUAUCCCAAAUCGAGGGACUGGCACACGGCCAUCAGCCAUUCAAGGAGAAACAACCAGAAGAGUCUACGCCGCAACUAAAAGCGACCUGGGAUUUCAGUAUACAGAGAUACGACGCGAGAGAUAACGCCGUAGAUCGCUGGCGGAGGAGAGACGUUCUCGGUACAAGGAGAAGGAAUGACGCAGCGACUGAGCUAAAGUCCGCCAGUGUUAGCAGCGAACCUAUUGGUGGAGUGGAGGCCCUUUUCACGGCCCAGCACAAGGCGUAUUUGAAUCCACCAUACCAGGGUAAUUUCAAACACGAGCGACGUCUCGAUUUUAUUCAACAUCAAACCAUGCGUUCCUACGUCCAAGUUUUGACGACACCCACCGCGGACACACCUGGCACCACGCUCUUGCUGCAUUUCGACAACAGGCGCUAUCUCAUUGGCAGUCUUGCCGAGGGCACACAGCGAGCCGCCGUACAAGUCGGUGCAAGGUUGCUCAAGGUGUCAGAAUGCUUCAUCACCGGCCGGACAGAGUGGCGCAACACAGGCGGCUUGAUUGGCAUGAUUUUAACCCUGGCCGAUGGUGCCGCCUCAAGUGCCGCUGCAAGUGCUGAGGAAGGGCACAAGCGUGCGCUUGCGAAGGGCAAGAGGCUCGGUGUGUCACAGAAUGAAGCGAGGAUGGCAGAGUUGUUUGAGGAUGCGAAGAGAGAGACGAGCAAUAAGCUGGUCCUGUUCUCUGCGCCAAACCUAAACCACACACUGGCGACGGCGAGACGAUUCGUCUUUCGGAAGGGCAUGCCAGUGGACGUGCACGAGAUCGAUAAAUCUUCUUUGCGCGAUGAAGGCGUGGAUCAGUGGGAGCCAUAUUGGGCAGAUGAGAACAUCAAGGUAUGGGCCAUGUCAGUCCUACCUACUGAACCCGUCGCAAGCAACGUACCCCCGCGCGUUGGGACGGAAGGUAUUACCAACCCUCGAAAGCGAAGCAUAGAUGAAGUCUACGAACGCAGCGUGCCUCAGGCAAACGGCACGUCCACGGUGACAGCGUCUUCGCUCACGUCAGCUCAACGGGACCAAUUGACUGUCAAGGCUGUCGUUGCUGACAUGUUCAACUCGUCAUGGCGGCUCGACACCCUCCAUGAGACUGCGCUUGGCGAUGUAAGGCUUCCCGCGACGAUGUUCGUCCGCAACCCAACAACAAACAUGCUUGAGAAGUACACGGGACCUUUGCCGGGUCAGCCGGUGAGGCCAGGUCAGCCUGCACCCGAUCUCAAAAAGAUUGUACUCGUCCGCAAGCCGUGGCCCGGUGCGCUUGUCGAGAGCUUGCCGCCAACAGAACCGCGCAAAGAGGCAGUGAGCUAUAUCAUCCGCAACCACGUACAGCGUGGCAAAUUCCACCCUGAGCGCGCCAUGGCCCUAAAGGUGGAGAAGGGGAAGAAAUGGGCGCAUUUGGCUGCUGGCGAGAGUGUACAAAGUACGGACGGCAAGACGAUCACACCAGACAUGGUCCUCGGUGAGAGCAAGGAAGGUGGCGGUCUAGCUGUUAUUGAUCUGCCUGAGCCUAUCUACAUCGACAACCUGCUUGCCAGGCCGGAAUGGCACGAGCCGAAAGUGAUGGCUGGUGUUGGCGCCAUGCUUUGGAUUUGCGGUCCGGACGUUGCGCGUCAUCACAAAGUGAAAGCCUUCAUGGAGCAGUUCUCGCAUAUACAUCAUGUUGUCAGUGGCCCAGAGUACUGCGCGAAUGCGAUCGCGUUGGAUUCUACAGCUGCUGCGACAGUACGGUUGCGACAGAUAGACCCGGCGAGAUACAACGUGCCCGUACAUGAGAGCAACGCUUCAGCGCCAGCAUCAGAGCUGCCGCGAAACGCUCGAGUUGCAAUGAGGGGCCAGGUCAUACAGCUCGAGCCGGCCAUGGGCGUGCACGAAAGGGAAGCGACGCAGCCGGUAAACAUCGCUGAAGUGGAAUCAGAGACUCCCGAAGAAGUCCUCGUCGAGGCCAGAAAGGCGCGUGAAGGCAUUAUGGCUGCUGCGCCCGAGAUGCGGAGGUGGGCGGAGACGUUACCCAAGGAUGCCCGUGACGCAGAGAUUGUAACAUUAGGGACUGGCUCCGCGUUACCAAGCAAGUACCGCAAUGUCUCAGCUACACUCCUGCGCGUGCCAGGUUGGGGCAGCAUGCUGUUCGACUGCGGCGAAAACACGCUUGGCCAGUUGAAGCGUGUCUUUCCCGCCGACGAGCUGAGGCAGAUCAUGCGCGAGCUGAGAAUCAUUUGGAUCAGCCAUAUGCAUGCCGAUCACCAUCUGGGUACCGUGAGCGUCAUCAGAGCUUGGUACGAAGAGGUGCACGGCGGCAAGCCGCAAGCUCCGGACGUGGACCGGAAAGCCAGUUUUGAUCCGAAGACUGGCCUAGCCGUCAUCUCUGAGCCAGCCAUGAUGUCGUACUUGCACGAGUAUAGCUAUGUCGAGGACUACGGCUUUUCACGGAUAGCGCCAAUUUGCAUCACACGCGCCAGCCCGUUCAAAACCCCGCCCUUGACGUCGAAGCUAGGUUGGUUCAUACCACCCACAGAACUUUCAGCUCUGCCCAGCGAUAACGCCCGCCAAAGGACGCUAGAUAAUAACAUAAUGCAGCCUGGCUCUCUGAAUCUGACCGAUAUUCAGGCCGUAGGUGUCCAGCACUGCCAUGGUGCUCGAGCUGUAUCUUUUACCUUCCCGUCUGGCUUCAAAGCCUCUUACUCCGGAGACUGCAGACCUAGCCGUGCUUUCUCUGCCAUUGGAAAAGGCAGCACAGUCUGCAUUCACGAGGCUACCUUUGACGACACGAUGCGCGGCGACGCAGAAGCCAAGAAUCACUCAACGACAUCUGAGGCCUUAGGCGUGGCGCAAGCGAUGGGCGCGAGGACGUGCGUGCUGACACACUUUUCGCAGCGGUAUCAGAAACUGCCUGUACUCGAGCGAGGGGAGGCUGGAAGUGGUGGCGCUGUGACAGACAGUCUGCCGACUGUCGGUGAAAACACUGUCGAAGAAGAGUCCGCGAAUCCCGAGGAUGCACUCUCCGGCCCACUCGAAGAUGUCGCUGCUACGUUUCCGGACCAACACACCAACGGCGAAGGCAUGGAAUAUGACAUGUCGUCUCGAACCAAGGAUGAAGCGAACCGGACGGCAACCGAGCCUGCGGCUGUCAAUUUCAAGGUCACGUCCGAUAUGAAGGUGUGCGUGGCCUUUGACUACAUGCGGGUCAAGGUCGGCGAAAUACCGCAGCUGGAGAAGUUCACGCCCGCCCUGCUGAAGCUGUUUGAAGAGGAGGCUAAGGUAGCGGAGGAGGAGGCAAAAGCUACUACAUCGAACAUGGUUUCAAGCAAGGCGGAGAAGAAGCAGAAGCUGAAGGGUCAGCGUGGGAAUACCUGAUCGUGCCCCUACACUGAGACGUAGGAUCUAUGACUUCUAAAUCUUUGCCUACCUUAUACCCUUCUGGUGACCCUUUCAUCUCCGCCUUACACUUAGCUCAAAGUGUGCCAGAAGCCUCGGUAUCAGCUUUACUAUAUCC